GUAUACACACUACUCCUCGGUACUCAGAAUCUUCUCUCCUACUUUACCUGGGAAAAUCGAACCCCACUAUCUUUCUCUCCCAAGUCUCACAGCGAAAAAGCAAUGGAAACAGACGCAGACACAGAUGUGACCAUGGUUCCAGCCAACACCGAAACCGAGGCCGUGGCCGAGCCCGCCUCCUCAAGCUCAGCCCUUCUGGCUUCUUCGUCUUCCUCUUCUUUUAAGAAAAACAACAAACGCUUCGAAAUCAAAAAGUGGAACGCCGUUUCUCUCUGGGCUUGGGAUAUUGUGGUCGAUAACUGUGCCAUCUGUAGGAACCACAUCAUGGAUCUUUGCAUUGAGUGCCAGGCAAAUCAGGCUAGUGCUACUAGCGAGGAAUGCACUGUUGCUUGGGGUGUUUGCAACCAUGCCUUCCACUUCCACUGCAUCAGUCGAUGGUUGAAAACUCGCCAAGUUUGCCCAUUGGACAAUAGCGAGUGGGAGUUCCAAAAAUAUGGUCACUAGAACUGUUGACAACAAGAACACUGCAUAUUGUUUCUUUUGCCUCAGCUUGUUUUAAGCCAGCAGUUCAAAGUGCAUAACCUGAAAUUCAAUACUUUUUAGUGCUUUGAUGUUAUUUGAUAGUAUUUGCCCUAUUGUUUUUUUUUUUUUUUUUUUGGCCUUUCAUGUUAUUAAGGCUUCGAAAAUAGCAUUUUGGACCCAAAUUUAAGGAUUAAGGAUGAGAAUGUAUUAAGUACUCCAUGAGAUUAAUGAAAGUAUUAAUUUGCCUAUUUGUGGA